UUUCAUAGUCAUUCCUUAAGUAUUCACGGUCAAUCGGAUAGCAAUAAUAAUAAUAAUAAUAGUCCUACUACAAUCAAUAAAGAUUCUAUUACAUCAAAAUCAAAUUGGGCUCGUGGUUUAUUUGAACGCUUGAGAGCUGCUUCAUUGACAACAUCAACGAUUGAUACAAAGCCAUCAUCUCAUUCACCAUAUGCUACUGUUGGUCAUAAUGAUUCUACACAACGAUAUAAAGACUAUUAUCCUCAUCAAAAUGCUGUCCAUUUAACACCUGAUUAUAUUGAUCCAAAACGAUUACCUAAAGUUCAUGGUCCAUUAUCUAAUUGUUUAGAAUUCUCUAAAAAACCAUUACAGAAAUCAAAUUAUAAUAUCUUACAUUCAAAUACUAAACCAAUUCCUGUCUCGUCAACACAUAUUGAUUUUACGAAUACCAUGAAUCUCUCGUCGUCGAAUUCAUCCUCAUCGAAUACACGGCGAAGAAGAAUUCGAUGG